AUGCCUUUUUCUGCGCAUCCCUUGCGCACAUCCUGGCGUUCAAUUCGAAGUAAAGUGAGAGUAUGUCGACAAACGGAAUACGAUGUUGCUCAUGCAAUAUACUAUUUGGGAUAUCCUCAAGCAGCAGUAGUCCGGCCAAGAUUCAUGACAAAUUUUUUGGAGCAGCAGUUUUAUGAAAUUCUAAUAACAUUCUUGGAUAAGCUGAUUGAGUCACCAUUUGAGGAUUUGGUGAAGAAUAAUAUUUGGGCCUGUAAAAAAUUUGGUCGUCAGCUAGCUGGUGUACUACGAGCGGUAAAUUUUGAUCAGGAGUACUGCUGGCAACUGCUCGAAAACCGCGUCCUUUACUAUUUAAUUCUAAAAAAUUACGGUAUUUCAAUGCUCUUAGCAUGGCAUACAUUUAUUAAUGCAUUGUCAGAUGCUGUCAUGGAGGGCUUCUGGCAAGCGGCAUGCACUGAUUUGCCCAGACAGCUACCUACAAUUUUUGAAGACACACCAACGAGAUGUUUCUUCCAAGCUGAGCAAACGACUCGUCAGGGAUUCCUCAGCAGGCUGCUCAAUUUAAUUGUAGGUCCAUUAGUUCGUUAA